CACAUUAGAGUGGUUUUACAUUUGCUAAUGAUAAGAUAUCAAUAUUUUAAAAUAAUAAUUGCUACUGGAGUACUUUAUAAUUUAUUUUUAUAAAUUAUUUGUAAAUCGGUGAUAGAGAAAUAGAUAUCUAUUUUUGUGAUAUCCCAUUCUUCUGAUUUUUUUAAUAAAAAUGGGGCCUAAAAAGGUGAAAGCACCUGCCACUGUUGAUGGAAUAGAUACAACGAAAAUGAAUAGAGAACAAUUAGAAUUUUAUGUACACAAAAUACUUGAAGAAAUGGAGCGUGAACGAGAAGAAAGAAAUUUUUUUCAACUUGAAAGAGAUAAGAUCAGAACUUUUUGGGAAAUUACAAGACAUCAAUUAGAUGAAGCACAGGCAACUGUCAGAAAUAAAGAACGCGAAAAAGAAGAGUUAUCAGAAAAACAUGAAGCAGAGCUCAAAUUGUAUAAACAAAAAGUAAAACAUUUAAUGUAUGAGCAUCAAACCAAUUUAUCAGAAACUAAAGCUGAACACAUGGUUGCCCUUAAAAUGGCACAAGAUGAUCAUAUUCUUCAAGAAAAUGAAUUAAUUAAAGAUAAAAGAGAAUUAAAAAGAUUGCAAAAAGAACAAGAUUUGGCGCACAUAAAUGAAAUAAAAACAUUAAAAUUGCAACAUGCGGAAGAAACAGAUAAGUUAAUAAAACAAUUUGAAACGGAAGCUCAAGAACUGGAGCAAAAAUAUGAACACAAGUUGACGAGUCAAUAUGAAUCUCUUACUUUGAAACAUCGUAUGGAAAUAACUGAAGUGGAAGAAAGAAAAAAUACACAAAUUGCAAAUUUGAUAAAAAACCAUGAAGUUGCAUUUGCGGAAAUGAAAACUUAUUAUAAUGAUAUUACCCUUAACAAUUUGUCUUUGAUAAAGAGUAUGAAGGAUCAAAUGGAUGAAAUGAGAAGUAAUGAAGAACGCAUGAAAAAGCAAGUGCGAGAGUUAACUAUAGAAAAUAAAAAAUAUUCUAUUGAUGCAAAAUCAUAUGAAGAAUCUUUAGCAAAUUUUACUCGUCAACUUGCAAAUUACGAUAAAGAUAAACAAAGCUUGAUUAAUACUAAAAAAAGACUAGCAAUAACUAUGAAAGAUUUGGAAAAUUUAAAAUGGGAAAAUGAAGUAUUAGAAUUACGUUUUGAAAAGUGCCAAUCUGAAAGAAAUGAAUUACAUUCAAGAUUUGUCUCAGCAAUACUUGAACUCCAACAGAAGACUGGUUUAAAGAAUGUUCUUUUAGAAAAAAAACUUGAGAAAUUAUCAGAUUUAUUAGAACAGCGUGAGGCACAGAUCAGUGAAGUGCUUACUGCUGCUCAAUUGGAUCCAGUGGCUGUUCUUAACGCUAAUAAAAAAAUAGAGAAUAUGUUGAAUAGAAAAAAUAACGCAAUACAAGAUCUUCAGUAUGAAUUAGCAAAAGUUUGUAAAGCGCACGACGAUUUACUCCGAACAUAUGAAGCUAAGUUACAAGAAUAUGGAAUUCCAAAGAGUGAACUUGGUUUUCAACCAUUGAGAGUAAAGGCAAUAACUACAAAGUUAGGAUUGGGCCCAGCUGGUCUUGUUACUUCAAAUCAUUAGUCUAUUCAAUUUUAAUAACAUUUUUUAUUUUUGAUUAAUCGUAUAAUACAUUUUCACUAACAACUAGUGAAAUGUAAAAAUAAUAAAAUCAGAUUAAUGCAGAAAAAUUCAAA